GCCUGCAGUAUUCCAAACAGGGACCCGUGGUUUCCAUUUCACUAUUGAUGGGGAUAAGAGGGCAUCUGCUAAAGUUUCAGAUUCAAUUUCUGCUCAGUAUCCAGUCGUGGAUCAUGAAUUUGACGCAGUGGUGGUAGGCGCUGGAGGGGCAGGCUUGCGAGCUGCGUUUGGGCUCUCAGAGGCAGGGUUUAACACGGCGUGUGUCACAAAGCUCUUCCCCACCAGGUCACACACUGUUGCUGCACAGGGAGGAAUCAAUGCUGCCCUGGGGAACGUGGAAGAGGACAACUGGAGGUGGCAUUUCUACGACACUGUGAAAGGCUCUGACUGGCUAGGAGACCAGGAUGCCAUCCAUUACAUGACAGAGCAGGCUCCCGCCUCUGUGGUUGAGCUAGAAAAUUACGGCAUGCCAUUUAGCAGAACUGAAGAUGGGAAGAUUUACCAGCGUGCAUUUGGUGGACAAAGCCUCAAGUUUGGGAAAGGCGGGCAGGCCCAUCGCUGCUGCUGUGUGGCUGAUCGGACCGGCCACUCACUGUUGCACACUUUGUAUGGAAGGUCUCUGCGCUAUGACACCAGCUACUUCGUGGAGUAUUUUGCCUUGGAUCUCCUGAUGGAGAAUGGGGAGUGCCGUGGCGUUAUCGCACUCUGCAUAGAAGAUGGGUCCAUACACCGCAUAAGAGCGAAGAAUACUGUUAUUGCUACUGGAGGCUAUGGACGCACCUACUUCAGCUGCACAUCCGCCCACACCAGUACUGGUGAUGGCACCGCCAUGGUCACCAGGGCUGGCCUUCCCUGCCAGGACUUGGAAUUCGUGCAGUUCCACCCUACAGGCAUCUACGGUGCUGGCUGCCUCAUCACAGAAGGGUGCCGGGGAGAGGGAGGCAUCCUCAUCAACAGCCAGGGCGAGAGGUUCAUGGAGCGCUAUGCCCCCGUCGCCAAGGACCUGGCAUCCCGAGACGUCGUGUCUCGGUCCAUGACUCUGGAAAUCCGUGAAGGAAGAGGCUGUGGCCCUGAGAAAGAUCACGUCUACCUGCAGCUGCACCACCUACCCCCAGAGCAGCUGGCCACACGGCUGCCUGGCAUCUCUGAGACAGCCAUGAUCUUUGCUGGCGUGGACGUAACCAAGGAGCCAAUCCCCGUCCUCCCCACUGUGCAUUAUAACAUGGGUGGCAUUCCCACAAACUACAAGGGGCAGGUUCUGAAGCACGUCAGUGGCCAGGACCAGGUCGUGCCUGGUCUGUAUGCCUGUGGAGAGGCAGCCUGCGCCUCUGUGCAUGGCGCCAACAGGCUUGGGGCAAACUCACUCUUGGACCUGGUCGUCUUUGGGCGAGCAUGUGCCCUGAGCAUAGCAGAGUCCUGCAGGCCUGGAGAUAAAGUUCCUCCAAUUAAACCAAAUGCUGGGGAGGAGUCUGUCAUGAAUCUUGACAAGUUGAGAUUUGCUGACGGAAGCACCAGAACCUCAGAACUGCGACUCAGCAUGCAGAAGUCCAUGCAAAGCCAUGCUGCAGUGUUCCGUGUGGGAAGCGUGUUGCAAGAGGGCUGUGAGAGAAUCAGCCAGCUCUAUGGAGACCUGAAGCACCUGAGGACGUUUGACAGGGGAAUGGUGUGGAACACGGAUUUGGUGGAGACCCUAGAGCUGCAGAACCUGAUGCUGUGCGCACUCCAGACCAUCUAUGGGGCAGAGGCACGGAAGGAGUCACGAGGCGCUCACGCCAGGGAAGACUACAAGGUGCGGAUUGACGAGUACGAUUACUCCAAGCCCCUUCAGGGGCAGCAGAAGAGGCCAUUUGCAGAGCACUGGAGGAAGCACACCCUAUCUUACGUUGAUGUCGCGACAGGGAAGGUCACUCUGGAAUACCGACCUGUGAUCGACAGAACCUUGAAUGAGGCCGACUGUGCCACCGUUCCCCCUGCUAUUCGCUCCUACUGAUGAGGCCAGUGGGGUCAGAACCUGCUGUUGUAAUUAUGUAUGAUAGCUUAUGCAUGUUGUUCAUAUCACAGUUGUCCACACAGUUCUAUAUUCAAGUGAAGAAGGGGGACAUCCGAAUAGAGAUUGACCCCGUCGCCAGCAGCUUGCCAGCAACUCAGCAGCCAGGAACUACCACACUGACUUUGUCCCUUGCUUCGUUCUUGUGAAAUGAUAAAACUGGGCACGAUUGUUAAAUAAAGCAUAAAUGAACAAGCGUCUUAA